AUGGCAGCCAUCUUGGUGAGGACCAUGGAAGAUAUCUCCUCAGGGGGGAACUGCUUCUCCUCGCCAUUGUGGGAGACCACAAUCAUGGGCUUGUCCGUGGGGUCCGGGACAACCUUGAAAGGCCACAGCUUUAUGUCAGCAUGCACAGAGGCGUCGCUGUAUCGUCUCCCGAUCAACCGCUUGGCAUCUGCAUAUCGCCCAACACGAAAAAUUGGAGAAAAAAGUUGCUCACCAAAAGACUGUGUUUGCGGGAUUCAUGCCGGCCUGGUUAAUGGUGGUUUCGCCAAUGAGACGCUCGCCGUCGGCAAAAGCGACAUAGGAUGGCGUGGUGCGAUUUCCUUGAUCAUUGGCUAUGAUCUCGACGCGGUCGUGGUGCCACACGUCCACGCAUGA